GGCGAGAAUGAAGAGAACAAAGUUCUCAGGAAAAAGUUUCCACAUUGGCAAAGUCAUUGGUCACAGAAGCCAUCUUCGUUAGGCUGCAAAUCUUCUGGCGAUCUAAAGGGAAUAAAUAAACUUGAAAUUUUUCACUAUGCAAGAACAAAGGAAGACAUCAAUGGCGACAAGCUAGCCUUUUUGCAGCACGCUAUCUCUUCUUUCAUCAAUAUGAUGGCCCUCUCACCCAUCAAGUAUCAAAAUCUUUCUUGUUCACCACCAAGUUAGAUUCAAGAUAUCACCACUACCUCAACUGCGAAAAUGUCACAUAGUCCAAGCAGUCCAAUUGUACGUCCACAGGAGGAUCACGAAGGCCUCCAAGUCGUUCCCGAUGACGGUCUCCAAACCCCAGACCCAGAAGAAUCCCCCACAGCCAAAGAUCUUAAAUUCCAACCCUAUUCGGCUGGAUCCGCCUAUGGCGGCAACAUGAACGUUCGCGAACCUGGUUACGACGUCGUCCCACCAGCCCCGGAGUCUCCUCCUCCCGCUUUUCAUCUCAUAAACGAAUAUAAAUUAGGGCAUAACAAUACAUUACCUGUUGAAGAUGCGCCUCCACCACAAACGAUUAAGAAGAAACGAGUGUGCGGAUUGAAGAAAAGAACAUUCUGGUUGUUGACGAUAUUGUUACUCAUUGCAAUCAUUGGAUUAGCCGUCGGCUUAGGUGUCGGACUUGGCGGGUCUAAAUCAUCAACCUCUUCUACCCCCUCAAAUUCUAGCUCCUCGUCCGAGUCUGUAAACGCUACAGGCACAUCCUCUGCAGCACCAUCUGCCUCUUCCGCCAUCGGUCAGACAUGCGUCAAAGGUACAGGACCAGGAAAUUAUCUCGGUCUCUGUGACUUCUCCUGUAACUUCGGCUAUUGUCCCUCUCCCUGCUCCUGCAUCCAAUUUUCCUCGACCGCAGUCCCACCGCCUCCCAUCUCAAACACACCUGGAUUUCCACUACCAGGACUAAAUGCGGAUUAUUCAGGCUUGUGUAGUUUUACGUGCAAUCAUGGAUAUUGUCCCGACGGAGCUUGCACCACGGAUGCUUCGGCUGCCGCGGGAAAUUCAUCUUCGAGUGCUGUCUCAACGCCGAGUUCGACAUCUUCAACUUUGCCGACGUCAAGCUUGGCGCCGUUGACAUUGACGGCGCCUACAAGUACGGUGGUUGUUACGUUACAGGGUUCGCAGACUAGUACGGUAAUUGUAGUGCCAACUUCGACUAGCUAGCAUUGUUAUUGUGGUAUGGAUGGUAAGACUAGAAUAUUAUGUGUGAUCUUGGUUGUAUACUAAAUGAUAUAUAUCAGAGUAUAAAAAGAUCAGAGGGAGAAGAAAAGGCCGACAUCUUGCUUCUAUAGAUUUUGUAUUAUAGUUUUCUUAUUGUUCGCUUCCAUUGUAGAUAUAUUGAAUGGAUUCUCGAAGAAGAGAAGAGUUUAUCAAGUUGGAUAUAGAAUUGUUUAGAUCUAGAAACUGAAUCAAAGACUUUUUCA